AUGGCUCUCUGUCUCCCCCAAUGUGCAGGAUGCUCUCAGGAUGCUCAGACCUCGGCGCAGAUUCUGAUAGUAGACGACGGGCACCAUUACGGCACCAACGUGCAUAACCUCCAUAUGGUGUGGGGAUUCGCCCAAGGCUUGGCCAACCCUCACUCCGACCUGCAGCUCCAUAUCCCUUCCACCUUACCUGAAAAACUGUCCGAGAGCGUCCGCGGGGCUGAGAGUUUAAAGGGAAUUUCGUAUCAGACCCAUGAUCUCUUUAUGGGCGACUACUUGCAGAAAAUCGUGUGGGACGCGUUCCACCGUACGAGGGAUGUUUGGGGCAAGAAGCCCCGCCUCCUCAUCAUAUUCGAAUAUUGGUUUCUGAACACCUCCCGUAUGUCGGCACUCACUCUCCUCAAGACACUGGGGGUAGAGAUCUUUGUGGUGGCCUACAGAAAGCUGGAGAACGUAGAAGAGAUGGCGUCCUACCCUACAGAGACCCAUGUCUUCCACUGGCAACAGUACCGAGACCCCAACGCCAUGUUAUCCGAGCUGGCACUGUCUGUCUGCAGGAGCCUCGAGGGGCACCGGCACAAGAAGUCAAUUCUCUCCCAGGUCCGGCUGGCCGGAGGCAGUGGCCCAUGUGAGGGUAGAGUGGAAGUGUUUUACAACCAGACGUGGGGCUGGCUGAGCGACGAGAAAUGGGACCCACUUGGUGCUGAUGUUGUCUGCAGGCAACUGGGCUGUGGACCUUCCAUGGAAGUUGUCAAAGGAGACCACUUUGGACUUGGAACUGGCCAUGUUCUGGGGAGGGGCAACUGCAAUGGGCACGAACAGGAUUUCUCCCAGUGCAUUCUGGGAGCCUGGAAAGAGAAAGAGGAGAAUCAGCAGAGUGCUGGGGUGACCUGCUUGGCCUCUGGUGUCGGGGAUGUCAGACUGGUGAAUGGCUCUGGCCUCUGUAACGGGAUAGUGGAGGUUACACUCAAUAACUCCCCCAGGAGAGUCUGUAUUUGGGGUUACGACAGUCGGGAAGCUGCAGUGACCUGUAGGCAGGUGGGGUGUGGGCCUCUUAUGAAGAUGCAGGAGAACCUGGCUGAACCUGGUGCUGAAGUCCCGAUGGUGGAGAAGAUACACUGCUCUGGGGGAGAGGCUGAUCUGUCUAAGUGCAGUGUGAGCCUAUGGAGAGAGCAGCCUUGCUUCCUCAGCGUUUCUGCUGGACUUGUCUGCGCUCAGUCCCCUCCUUCUGGAAUCCAGUUGGUUGGUGGCAGCAGUGUAUGUUCUGGCAAGGUAAGGGUAAACUACGGUGGCAGCUGGGGCUCAAUCUGCGCUGAUGAAUGGGGCAGGUUAGAAGAGGUUGUGGUGUGCAGGCAGAUGGGCUGUGGGCCGGCUAUUGACACAGCAGAGUGGAAGAUGCCAAGUAGCCUCUCAAGAUCCUCAGGUAACGUUCUGGAGGCCGUCUACUGCCACGGCCACGAGUCCCAGCUGUCUGAGUGUGGCUCCGUGUCAGCAACGAGCAAGACUUGCUACAUCCCCGAGGCCGAGGUCCUUUGCUCCCAGUCAGUUAUCUCCCAAGUGGCCCUGGUGAAUGGUCCCACUGGCUGUUCUGGCCGCGUGGAGGUUUAUUACAAAGGAAAGUGGGGUACAGUGUGCGAUGAGACGUGGGACCUGGCAGACGCCAAUGUAGUGUGCAAGGAGCUCGGCUGUGGGUCGGCCACUGAGGCGCCCAAGGCUGCACGUUUCCACCCGGGAGAUGGACCCAUUUGGCUGGAGAAGGUCUUCUGUAAUGGAAACGAGGCCCAUCUGUCUGAAUGUGGAGCUGUGACCUCCAGGCGGGGGGUCUGUGACCACUCUCAGGAUGCCGGUGUUAUAUGUUCAGGCCCAGAGCCGCAGCCGUGAGAAGCAAUUGGGCGCCCCGGGCAGUGCCAGUCGGGCAGAGAGGGGCAACUUACCUGCCAGUUUGUCUCAGUAAGCCCCGGGCAAUGGUGCCCUCUCCCCUCACCCAGAGCCACACACCAAUGCACAAGGCUCAAUAGUAACAGCUCUUCCCAUAAUGCAAAGUCUCUGUGCCGCUGGCAAAUAUUUACUCACCCAGGGUAUUGUCUGUACAGCAUGUAAUAGCCACUCCCCCCGCCCUGUACAGCAUGUAAUAGCCACUCCCCCCGCCCUGUACAGCAUGUAAUAGCCACUCCCCCCGCCCUGUACUCUGAAUAAACAUAUUAUCCCUCA